AUGGAACAAUCAGGCUCACCCCCUGCUGCCACUGAUGAACAGAUACAAACAGGACUGCACUGUGAAAAAGCCCUCACUACAUCACAAUGUUUGAAAAUCCAUCCGAGAGCUGACACACAAGAGAAACAUCACAGCUGUGACCAUUGUGGGAAAGUGUUCCACAAAAAGUGUCAUUUAACACGCCAUCAACGCAUUCAUACUAGAGAGAAACCGUACAGCUGUGACCAGUGUGGGAAAGCUUUCGCUGUAAAGAGUACUCUAAAACUCCACCAGUAUGUUCAUCUUGAAAGGAAACCAUACUGUUGUGGGCAAUGUGGGAAAACUUACACCACAGAGAGUUAUCUAAAAGUCCAUGAACGCAGUCAUACUGGAGAGAAACCGUACAGCUGUUACCAAUGUGGGAAAGCUUUCGUUACAAAUACUGAAUUAAAAAUACACUACCGCAUUCACACUGGCGAGAAACCGUAUAGUUGUGCCCAAUGUGGACGGAGUUUCACUCAGGCCACAGAUUUAAAAAGACACCAACUUACUCACACUGGAGACAAGCCGUACAUCUGUGGGCAAUGUGGGAAAUCAUUUACUCAAGAGAGUACCUUAACUCGCCACCAACGCAUCCACAGUGGAGAGAAACCUUACCGGUGUGACCAGUGUGGGAAUUCUUUUGCUAGAGACAGUCAUUUAAAACGCCACCAACACAUUCACACUGGAGAGAAACCGUUCAGCUGUGACCAACGUGGAAUAGCUUUCAUUGAUGAACGUAAUUUUAAAAUGCAUCAACGUGUUCACACCGGAGAGAAACCGCACAAGUGUGACCAGUGUGGGAAAGCUUUUUCUAGAGAUUUUGAUCUAAAAAGCCACCAACGCAUUCACACUGGAGAGAAGCCGUACACUUGUGCGCAAUGUGGGAAAGCUUUCACUACAAAAAGUGAUCUAACGAGACACCAACGCACUCACGCAGGAGCGAAGCCGUACAUCUGUGACCUAUGUGGGAAAAUGUUCAGUGCCAACAAUUCUCUACAAGUCCACCGACGCACUCACACUGGAGAGAAGCCAUAUUGCUGUGACCAAUGUGGGAAAGGUUUCAUCACAAAAUUGAGUCUAGAAACGCACCAACGUAUUCAUACAGGUGAGAAACCAUACAGCUGUGACCAAUGUGGGAAAGUGUUCACUACAAAUGGCGCCUUAAAAAUCCACUACCGUAUUCACACUGGAGAGAAACCGUUCAGCUGUGACCAAUGUACGAAAGCUUUCGCUACAAAAGCUGAAUUAAAAUUACACCAACGUAGUCAUACAGGUGAGAAACCGUACAGCUGUGACCAAUGUGGGAAAGCUUUCACUACAGGUAGUUAUCUACAAAUCCACCAACGUAUUCACCGUGGUGAGAAACCAUACAGCUGUGACCAAUGUGGGAAAGCUUUCACUACAGGUAGUUAUCUACAAAUCCACCAACGUAUUCACCGUGGAGAGAAACCGUACAGCUGUGACCAAUGUGGGAAACGUUACACUGCAAAUGGUGCCUUAAAAACCCACUACCGUAUUCACACCGGAGAGAAACCAUACAGAUGUGACCAAUGUGGUAAAGCUUUCACUAAAAAGUGCAGUCUACAAACCCACCAACGUAUUCAUACAGGUGAGAAACCGUACAGCUGUGACCAAUGUGGGAAAGCUUUUAUCGAAAAUGGCGCCUUAAAAAUCCACUACCGUAUUCACACCGGAGAGAAACCAUACAGCUGUGACCAAUGUGGGAAAGCUUUUGCUACAAACGCUGAAUUAAAAUUGCACCAAUUUUUUCAUACAGGUGAGAAACCGUAUAGCUGUGACCAAUGUGGUAAAGCUUUCACUACAGGUAGUAAUCUACAAGUCCACCAACGUAUUCACACCGGAGAGAAACCAUACAGUUGUGACCUAUGUGAUAAAUCUUUCACUAAAAAGUGCAGGCUACAUACCCACCAACGUAUUCAUACAGGUGAGAAACCGUACAGCUGUGACCAAUGUGGGAAAGUGUUCACUACAAAUGGCGCCUUAAAAAUCCACUACCGUAUUCACACUGGAGAGAAACCGUUCAGCUGUGACCAAUGUACGAAAGCUUUCAGUACAGGUGGUUAUCUACAAAUCCACCAACGUAUUCACCGUGGAGAGAAACCAUACAGCUGUCACCAAUGUGGGAAACGUUACACUACAAAUGGUGCCUUCAAAACCCACUACCGUAUUCACACCGGAGAGAAACCAUACAGAUGUGACCAAUGUGGUAAAGCUUUCACUACAGGUGGUUAUCUAAAAAUCCACCAACGUAUUCACACCGGGGAGAAACUAUACAGCUGUGACCAAUGUGGGAAACGUUACACUACAAAUGGCGCCUUAAAAACCCACUACCGUAUUCACACUGGAGAGAAACCACACAAGUGUGGGCAAUGUGGGAAAACUUUCACUCAGGAGAGUACCCUAACUCGCCACAGACGUGUUCACACUGGAGAGAAACCAUUCUGGUGUGAGCAGUGUGGAAAUGGUUUUGCUAGAGCCAGUCAUUUAAAACGCCACCAACGCAUUCACACUGGUGAAAAACUCAAGAGGGGAGCUCUUAGUGUGUGCUCCGUAUGA